AUGAUCGCAAAAGGUACUAUUGCGGUUGAGGAAGCAGUGAUUAGUCCCGGCACCGCAUGGCUGCUAGAGGAGGCGCAGAGUAUCCUCACACCCGGCAAUGCAGGUCCAGAGGCAGUGACAGCUCACAGAACCCGUUUGAUGGAUAUCCACGGUCGUAGACUUCAGGCAAUGGACGCAAAAGGUGUCGAGUAUAUGCUACUGUCACUGACAUCGCCCGGCUGUCAAGGAAUUCCCCAUCAGGCCCUAGCUGAGAAGUCAGCCACAGAUUUCAAUGACUGGCUGGCAGGAGAAGUUGCAAAAAAUCCCAGUCGCUUUGGUGGACUGGCAGCGCUCUCUAUGCAUGAUCCCUCUCAAGCUGCGGCAGAGUUGGAGCGGGCUGUUAAGGACUUGAAGUUCUUUGGGGGUUUAUUGAACGACUUCCAGAGCCUGGGUGUUGAUGGAACAGGCAAAGGGUACUUUGAUACCGCUUUUUAUGAUCCAUUUUGGAAGAAGGUUGAAGAUUUGAAUGUGCCAAUCUACCUUCACCCCAGAUACCCGACAUCGAAACAUCUUGAAUCACCAGCGUAUGCAUACUGUGAUCGAAUGCAUUUACUUGGUGCAGGUGUCCAGUUUCACCUGGACCUUUCGUUCCACAUCUAUGCUAUCUGCGCUUCAGGUGUUUUUGAUCGUUUCCCUGGCGUGAAAAUCGUGGUCGGUCAUCUAGGUGAAAAGUAG